AUGUAUCAACCUCAAUAUAUGAAUUUUUCUUAUUUCAUUCCACCUCAGGAUGGUUGGUCUCGUAAUCGAACAGUUCAUAUUCAAGAUGAAUCAUAUACAUUACUUGAUCAGUUAGGACAAGGAAAAUUUGCAUCUGUAUGGAAAUCAAAAACACGAUCUGGUUAUUAUGCUGCAGUGAAAAUAUUUGAUUUUAAUCAUUCAAAAAAUAAUAUCAAUUCUAGUCAACGUAUGAAUUCAUUUCAAAAUGAAAUUAAAAUGAUUAAUCGAUUGAGAAAUGAAAAAGAUUCUGUCGUUACUCUACAUACAUUUGAUAUCGAUCGAGAAAGACAAAUGGGUUAUAUUGUAAUGGAAUUAGGAAAUACAAAAUUUAAAGAUCAUAUUCAAUAUUUACAGCAAACGCAUUACAAAUCACAUCAAAAUGGUUAUGAUUAUAUUUCAGCAUAUGAUCGAAAAAAUAUUUGGAUUCAAUUAGUUAAUAUUGUUUGUGCACUUCAUCGAAAUAAUAUAGUUCAUCGUGAUUUAAAACCAGCUAAUCUAGUAUUCUUUGGUUCAACGCUAAAACUUAUUGAUUUUGGUAUUGCACAAGAUGUAUCUGCACAAUAUAAUCCACACCAGCGAGGUGGUAGUCAUCCUUAUAGUGCGCCAGAAUGUUUUGUAUACUAUAUGCCUAUAACAUCAAAAGCUGAUAUCUGGUCUAUAGGUGCUAUUUUAUAUUAUUUAACAUAUGGAACAUCUCCUGUUUAUGAAAGUGCACAGCCUCCAUCAGGUUAUUCACCAACUCAAUCAAAUCUUGUGCAAGAUAUUCUAUACCAUAGUCUUCAACGAGAUCCAAAUCGGCGAGCAGAACAUCGGUGGCUUGUUGAACAUCCAUUAACGAAAAGUAAUGCAAUAUUUUAA